UAUACAGAGACGAGGUUCAUCAUUUACAAAAAGCGCAAUUACCUUAAAAAUAUUACGCAAACCCGCAUAUGUGCAAAGCGAAGGCAAAUAAAAUGUAAAACUAAAAAUAUUUGUAGUGUAUCACAGGAAUUGACAGAGUAUCAUGCAUAGAGACGUGCAUGCAUAUACUACAUCACAUUCCCAUUACUUGCUUAUGGAUUUCACUCAUUUAUAUGCAUAGGACAUUUUCUGUGACUGGAUUCUAUUCUGCUUUAGCGAUAAAACCUUUAAAUAUUAAUAUUCUAUUGAUGCUUCCAAUUUCUGUUGCGGAUUUUCCUGAUUAAUAUUCCACCUCAAUGCACCUGUGCACUUGAUUUAAGCGCACAUUAGAAUAAUGCGGCGGUGGCAGAAAAUUACCAGAGUGGUUCAUAAUUGCAAUGCGCGUUAUUAACCUGAAAUUUUAUUAAUAGAUAACCCGACGGCUAAUUAUGAUUUUCUGGUUUUUACAUUACAGACUUCGAACGAUGGCAACACGACGACGAGCACAUUAUCAUUCAUCGCACGAAAGGAGGAUGAUGGAAAAUAUUUAUCGUGCAGGGCCGAGAACAAAAUGCUUUCAGCUGAUGGCCUGGAAGAUGGGUGGAAAUUAGAAAUUCAGUAUACUCCCGAGGCGAAGAUAAUCUUGGGCACUUCCCUCAAUCCUGACACUAUUCGAGAAGGCACGGACGUUUAUUUCGACUGCAUCGUUAAUGCACAUCCACACGUUUAUAAAGUCGAAUGGAGACAUAACAGCAAGGCGUUACAACACAACGUGGGAUCGGGUACAAUAAUUAGCAAUCAAAGCCUCGUGCUUCAAGGAGUUUCCAGAUCGACUGCUGGGAAUUACACGUGCGUUGGAUAUAACACCGAGGGCGAUGGUGAAAGCAAACCCUUCUAUUUAAACGUCAUGUUUACCCCAACGUGCAAGCCUAAUCAAACAAGAGUAUAUGGAGUGGCCAAACAGGAAGAGGCAAGAAUAACAUGUCAAGUGGACGCAAAUCCUACGGACGUGCAAUUCAGGUGGACCUUUAAUAAUUCGGCGGAUUCCGUGGAUGUUGCCUCUUCUCAUAUUGCCAGAAGUGGUACAUCGAGUGUAGUGUCUUAUACGCCAAUGACUGAAUUGGAUUAUGGCACUUUGCUGUGCUACGCUUCGAACAGAAUCGGGCAUCAGAGAGUUCCUUGCGUUUUUCAUAUUAUUGCAGCUGGUUACUAA